AGCUUCAGCGGGGGGCCUAUGAUGGCUGUCUACCAUGGAGAUGGGAUGUCUGCAGCUACAGGCGGUCGUGGGGGGUUUGUCGACUCAGAUGCAGAAGGGGUUUGUGGUUGAUGGGGGGGCGAUCACACGGGUUGAGUGGUUGGACGCCCGCACUCAAGAAAUGUUGGAUCAACUUGGAUGUCCUGUGGGAGCUGGAAGAGGGGCCGGAUCCCCAGUUUGAUGCCCAUAGGGAUUGGACACGGGUGGAGGCACGGAUGGUAGUCUGCCAAGCUCUAUUUCGGAAGGGACGUGACGUGCGCUACCGGAUGGAGGAUCGGUUGGAGAUGGAUGAUACAGGGGUAGAUGGGGGGCUACCUUUUGGUCAUCUCGAUGACACCGUGGGCUGGAGAGGGUUUUGUCACGGUGGGAUGAAUAUGGGUUACUAUGUGGGGCACCUGGCGGGAGACUUGACACGUGUCUCGGCCGACGUGGCUACAGUGAGGUGUUGCUGUCUAUUGAAGAUCUCAGACGACCGUGUCUCGGCCGACUCGGCAUCACGAGCCAAACUGGAGGAGAGAGAAGAGGACCGUUCCCGUCAGCGGGAAUCUUUGUCCCGCAUCAGCGGACCUACGGGUGACCCCACCAGGCGACGGUUGGGCAGGUCGAGGGAGAGAGAAGGAGGUGGUUUGGACGAUGCUCUCUCUCGCCGAUCGGUCCCGCUUGUGAGCCGCCGUUCUGCCUCCCGGUCCCCUCGUCCUUCCUUGUCCCCCUCGCCUACUUCGGUCCGCAAUGUCCAUGGCAAGGUGGUGACCUUGCCUGUGCGAGGAGGAGGAGGAGGAGGAGGAGGAGGAGGAGGAGGAGGAGGAAGAGUAGGAGAAGGAGACGUUCUCUCGCAGAAGUUGACGCAGCUUGAUCUAAACUGCCUGCUGGCAAUUUCGACGUUAGAAUCUACCCCCUCUCCUUCUGCUACUUCCGAUUCUCCCACUUCUCCUCCUUCUGCUGCUGUCAAUUCUCCCACUUCUCCUCCUUCUGCUGCUGUCAAUUUUCCCGCUUGUCCUUUCGCUGCUGUCGAUUCUCCAGCUUGUCCUCCUGCAGCUGUCGAUUCUCCCGCUUGUCCUCCUGCCGCUGCUGCAGAUUCUCCUACUUCUCCUCCUGCCGCUACUGCAGAUUCUCCUACUUCUCCUCCUGCAGCUGUCGAUUCUCCCGCUUGUCCUCCUGCCGCUGCUGCAGAUUCUCCUACUUCUCCUCCCGCCGCUUCUUCUCCUGGCCCUCCUCUCUCUCACCGGAGCCCGCCGCUAUACCUGUGCAAGAAGCUACGAGCAGCCAUGGCGGCGAAACCUUCCGCUCCCUCCAGCAAUGGGGCCUCAGGUAACAAGGCGCUUUUCAAUAACUUCAUCAUCAAUCGGUCGGUGGCUGCACAUCCGUGGCAUGAUUUGGAAAUCGGGCCCGGCGCGCCGUCGAUCUUCAACGUCGUCAUCGAGAUCAGCAAGGGCAGUAAAGUUAAGUACGAGCUUGACAAGAAGACGGGUCUCAUUAAGGUAGAUCGGGUGUUGUAUUCGUCGGUAGUUUACCCUCACAAUUACGGCUUCAUCCCACGGACGCUGUGCGAAGACGACGACCCUCUGGAUGUGCUUGUCAUUAUGCAAGAACCGGUCAUCCCAGGGUGUUUCCUUAGAGCCAAAGCCAUAGGCUUGAUGCCUAUGAUAGAUCAAGGGGAGAAAGACGACAAGAUCAUAGCCGUCUGUGCGGACGACCCCGAGUUCCGUCAUUACACGGACAUCAGGGAGCUCGCUCCGCAUCGAUUAGCGGAAAUCCGAAGGUUCUUUGAAGAUUACAAGAAGAACGAGAACAAACAAGUUGCCGUCAACGAUUUUCUGGACUCCGGAGAGGCGGUGAAGGCCGUCGCGGCGGCGCAGAAUAUGUAUGCUGCUUGCGUUGUGGAAGGGCUCAGAUCCUAAUAAGAGAAGAGCAGAGAAGAGCCCCCUGCUUAUUUGUCGAACGCGCUGCUCUGAUCAGAACUUAACGACCUCCCCACCCUCUUUUUCUCCUCCCCCACCGCCCCCUGUCUCUUUCCUUCGCCAAGAACAUGUUCCUCUUUCGUUCUCCUUCUCUCUCACACAAAUGACGUACUCUUCCACGCAGAGAUUUCUCUCUCAAGCACGCAGAGAUUUCUCUCUCAAGCACACACCCAUUCGUACACACAGAGUAGGAUGGAUGGAUGGUGUAGGUUGGGUGGUGUAGUUCGACUAUUUCUGCCUCUUGUCAAAUUAAUCCGAAAACAUUGUCGCCUUCCCCCUCCCCCACCCCCGUGUCAUGUUACCCCCUUAGUCUUUCUCUCUCUCUUCACGAGAGUCUUUUCCCUUUUCCCUUUCUUCGAUUCUUUUUGUCGUUUUGUGGUUGAUCAUGUAAUCUCGAAAAAGGUUGACGAUUCUUUUUGUCGUUUUGUGGUUGACGAUGUACAGUUUCGGGACUGAAGGACGGCCCUUGCGCGACAAGGGUGAAAUCUCUCCAGGAGAAGAAGGGCUCCUACGAUUCACGAUUGAUUGAGAGUUUGUCGUCUUUUUUUUUUUUUUUUUGAUGAUUUUCGAGCCUUCGAGCGUUUCUUGGUCCUCUUCUGGAAGAGUGUUUUUUUUUGUUUGUUUGUUUGUUUGUUUUGUGUGGAAGAGUUCAGUUUAGUGCUUAGUAUAGACGGUUUUGCCGGGAGGAUAAGCGAUUUAUUUUCUGUUGACGGCCGCCGAAAGAUGGUGGCCUGGUCGGUGUAAGUCCUGUCUUUCAUUCCAGAUCUCGACGACAAGGUGGCGACGGAAUACCUGGCAGGUCUGAUGUACGAGGCCUCGGGGUGUUUUCCCUGCACGGAACAUCAGCUAUGGCGAUGCUGGCUCCAUAGUAGUGUGUCUUGCACAGUAAGGUGGGGGGAGGAGGCGGAGGAGGGGUUGGAGAGGAGAGGAGAAGGAGAAGGAGGAGGAGAGGCGAAGGAGGAGGAAUGUUGUCUUUGCACGGCCUCUACGCGAAAGACCUGUUCUAAUGAUAUGUAUAUGUGACGAUAACAUACAAUUAAUCAAUAAUUGAAUAGAACAUCUAUGAAUAGAAUAAUAAAUAGGAGAAUUUAAUGAAUUAAUGAAGAUAUAUCAAAAGA